UUAAUUGCAUAUGCGUAAAAAACUAAUCAUCUUAAUGUUACUCAAACAUAAAGCUCUCAGGCUCUUUUCGGGUUAUUUUACUCUCUCAUCGACUUUGAAACCCAAAUGUGGAUUUUUAUUGUAUCGGCUUUCGUCAUCGCUUCUGCAGCUCUAGAAGAGGACGAUUAUUGCAAGAAGAGUGCUUAUAGAACAUGUGAAGUUGAUAAGACUUCUGGUUUACCAGGAAACGAGAAGGAGUUCGACGAAAGAUGUCCUGCUCUGCUCGACCAGUUUCGUUGCAAUCAGGAACAUGCCUCAAAAUGUCACCCAGAGAGCGUUCAAUGGUAUACUACCCGUUAUGAGCUUCUACAAGAUCUCUGCCGCAAAGAUUCUCACCUUCAUGAAGCUAUUGUAAAGAAUAUAGGAUGCAUCAAAGAAAACGUGACGGAAGAAUGUUCAGAAAAAAUAAUCGCAGUCGUUCUUGCUUACAUAGAUUUCUUAGAUAAAACAGGCGAUGAGGACUCUGCUGAAGAAGAUUUUAGGAAAUUCUCUUGCAUGAACGAAGCCUACACAGUUACCUGUGCCGCUGAUAGUGCUUCACGACAAUGCGGCAGUAUUGUCAAGACGUCCAUUCUAGAAAUGGCCCGUCGCGUUGAUUUUCUCGAUAAGACGGAAGCAUGCCCCAGACAGGUGAGACAAGCGAUGGUUAAAGAUAUCCCGAGCAUGGAGAUUAGCAUGGCGCAAAAACUGCUGCUCGAAGAGGUACUUUUGGAAUCCUGAAAGAACUAAUGGAUGACGUAGAUACCGGAAGAAACUCAUUUUAUGUGCACACGAGUAUUGAAUUGAAUGCAUUGAGCAUGUUUUGUAAACAAUUUUGAUUGCUGUACACUAAAUAGGUUUUCCUUUUCCAA